AUGGCCAACCUUCAAGUUUCCGAAGAGGUAAGUGAAUUUCCAGAUGCGCAAAGAAUCCUUGUCGACCUCUUAUACAUAUGGAGCAAGAACCUCAAAGACGAAGAAGACGACUGUAUAUUCGAUAUUGCUGAGAUUAUAGGAGACCUUGCCGCCCGAUUCGACGUCAUGAAGAUGGUAGCAUUUGAAGAAGGUGCAGAGACAGGUCGAUGCUAUGGUUUGAAAUGCGAUAUGAUUCGCUAUACACUUCAGCUUGUAAGCAAACGACUUUCAAUCGACCACGACCAGAGAUUUCUAAUGGCAGAGGUACUUACCAUGUUAGCUAGCCAUGUUGGGCGACUUUCGUUAAAUGGGUACGAUGCCGAAGAUGUUUUCGCUUAUAGGAUGGAUACACUGGUGGAGAUUAUGGAGAAGAGGAUGCAGCGUGAUCUGCAAAGUGGAUCGGAGAGUGAGGAGGCAUUGGUUUCUUGUCGCCGGCUCUGUGUUGUCAUCCCCUCAUGUUACUGCUUGCAAUGUGGUCGACGAACAGUAAAGAUGGACAUGGACUAA